AUGACGGCCUAUCUAUUGGUGGCCGAAUACCUUACCGCUCACCCUCGAAUUGGUGAAAUUCUUCUUUCUAGAUGCAAGCAUCUAUCUACUGCACGAAAGAAGCAUUCAAAAACGAAUGAAGAAUCUUCAGCACAAAACAGUCCCGGAGCUCUCGCUCUGCGUAAGAAGCUUGAGCAAGGCGGUGCCGAUGGAGAAAGAGCCGUUAACAUCCAACAAACAAAUGUUCUUUAUAAGACCAGGGUGGGCUAUUUACUAUCAUCAUCUCAACUCAAAAUCAAAAUCAAAACAAAAUUCCAAAUAGCCUGGCCGCCCUCGAAAUCAAGUCAACGACUCCGACUCAGCCCCAAAUUACUCCUACAAAUCCAGCAACUACCACCAAAUCACCGACCAGUGCCCGUGUUAGAAAUCUGGCAGCCAUCACUCCGCAAAUCAAAAUUAACAAGAGGUUUCGUGCACCCCCUCAAGCUGGGCACGAGGGAUAUAUACGCAACACUUCAUGAGCCGUAUAUCACCAAAAGUAAACAGCCACGGAAACAGGGUCAUUCUCACGACCAGUAUCCGCCAGAAAUCAGCCACUAUAAUGCCCGGAAAAGGGAUAUCAUUGCUGCAAUAUGCCAACCGCCCAGCAAUGACCAUCCCACAUCAGAAAUCCACUUCCGUGACGCACGAUGCAUUUGGCAGGCCAAUGCUAGCUCAACAGGACCUGAGCAAAGUAUACUGUGCUACAGAUUUAUUAUCAAGAAUGACGAAAAUAUGACGGACUCCGAGCAGUGCCAGAUGAUCCUCCAGUGGGAGAAACGGGGUCUCUCUACGAAUGGGAAUGGGACACCUCAGUUUCGAGAUAACGAACACUUCGUUCUUGUGGCAAUUGAUCGCAGGACGCGCCGUAAGAGUAGGAUUGCGAUUAUGAAUCGGGGCGGGUUUGAGAUUACUGUUCGGGAGAGACUGAUCUCGGAUCAUCCUCGCUCUUGUUUGGCGUUCCCGGAUCCUGUUUCUGUUGGUGGGGGGACUCUAGAUUCUUGUGUGGAUUUGGAGACUUGGUUGUAUACUCAUGUGUUGACGUUGGGUAUUUGGGUGGCUUCUCAGGAGGGGUGGCUGGCUUGA